GAAGUGACGACACAUUACAAGGAAAAUAGCUGCGUGUUGACAGUCGCGUCUUUUUCCCCCUCCUAAUUGUAUUAAUCUUUAUCCUGCUGUUAAUCCGAACAAUAAUGGACGGUUCUGAUAGGACGACAUCGGACUUUACAGGCGGACCGCCACCUAAUUUUAGAACGAAUGAAGGCUCUCUGGUUUCAGCCCUGAAGACACUGCUGUUCUUCACCAUCUUGAUGAUCACACUGCCCAUUGGCUUGUACUUCGCUUCCAAAGCUUACAUUUUUGAAAGUUCAAUGAAGAUGUCAAGUUCUGAUAGCUACUUCUACGCCGCCAUUGUGGCUGUGCUGGCAGUGCACGUGGUGCUGGCCCUGUUUGUUUACGUGGCCUGGAACGAAGGCACCCCUAAAGGGAAGGGAAAACACGAUUGAAGCGCAUCACCAUUCCUACAGUAAGACCAGAGGCGAAGGGAAGGGAUGUUCUUCCCCCCCCCACCAUCAUUACCAUCAGCACCCUGGCUCGACACUAAGCUGUUGAGGGAUCUGGUGUUGCUGGGCUUGAAGCUGAGGUUAGUGCAUGACCCCAUUGGAGGCCACUGGACAGCCUCAGCUCCUUUUGCCAAAGAGGAUAGCUCUUUUGUGGAAGGGCUGUGAGUCUCUGUACAAUAAUCAGGGGGACAUGUAGCAAAACAUCUUUCCUUUUGAUUUAUUUACAUCAACAAUAUCAUUUGCAGCAAUUUUUAACUUUUUAUGCAUUCAAAAUACAACAAAAAGUAAGGUUAUUUGUCUUAUUGUAUAGUCACUGGGGCACUAAUAAUGAGUAAAAAUGGUGUAAUUGUAUCAUGUUUUUUGUAUAGAUAUUAUUUGCUGAUGUAGAUAUUGGUGUGAGGCUGAUUAUCUCCUUAAAUAAAAUUGAAAAAAAAAAUUA